UUAGCUGGACCUUUCCUCCUCAGUGAUCUGUUAAUGAUACUCGUCUGGGUUUUCACAGGAAAGCAAUGCUAUUGAUAUUUGAUUCUAGUCAUUACAAUUAUCCCGAAGGCGUUGAAAACAUGUUCGUAGCGGUCCACUACAAUUGUUUAGAGAGGUUUUUUGCAUGCACUGGCAUGUAAAUAUAUUAUAAGAAUUAUUAUCAAAAACAUCCGGCGGUCCUAUAUAUCUUCUCGCGUCACUGCGGUAAAUUAAUUACGUCUGAGCAAGGGUUGAAAAUUAAGAACGGAACUGGUGAACCGGAGCUGUAAUUACGGCUAGUCGUUCGCGAUAUCUUUUUGCUUCCAUUUUUGUAGUUGUUUGUUUCUUGUUGGUUUGGAUUUUCAGGUAUCCUUCUAAAUGUUGAUGGUGCUUUGACAGGUUUCUUUGUAACCAUAGCGACAAAUACUCGUAUGAUAUAAUUAACUGUCAGUGACUACCAAUAUAGAAGGCCAAUGACUAAUGCCAAGCCGGCCACAAUGACAUUUCAUUUUAAGACUAUUAAUAUGCCGAUAAUAGCAGCAGUCGGCAGUUAUCACUCGCAAAGGAAAAUUUGUGUAGCAUUUGACGAACAAGGUGAAUGCCUCUGGCGCUGCACAAAAUAAGAACAUGCCUCGCCAUCGCCAUCGGAAAAUCGAAAACUUUACAACAAUGGUUGAGCCAACGCAAGCAGUAGACAACAUGCCACAAUCGGAGCCUACGCCUGAUUGGCGCCAAGGAAGGAAAAGUUGGGGAAUAGCUUGGGAGUUGCACUGGAUUGGAUUUGGUCUUGCAUUCAGUAUUUUGGCAUUUCUUUCUCUCAUUUCCUUGAUCCAAGCCAGGAAGAAGAGAGGAUUUGGACGAAAGCCUUUCGUGAUCACAGUGAACGCCUUGUUGUUCGCUUUUGGGGUCACACGAGCUUCUUAUCUCUUGAUAGAUCCCUAUGGAUCUCAACAGAAUGGUAUCGAGGUGCCUUGGUGGUUUUUACAAUUCCUUUUCAACAUCGCUUUCCCGUGCCUGACCUCGUCGUUCAGUUUGAUCUUUUUAGCUUUUCUUGAAGUUUCGAAAUUGCAAUUGGUGCCAACCAAGUUACAGAAUGCUUACAUACUUGGUUCAAUCUUAACGUUUCACUUUGCCAUAGUCCUUGCUAGUGAUUUUGCCUCGGCAUUUGACGCCGAUAUCGUUAUUUUAUUACUCAUCUGCCAAGUUUUUGCUAUUGUUUGGGGAUUUCUUCUUUCCGCCAGCUUUAUCUACGGUGGGCUGAAAGUUAUAUAUCAAGUGAGAAAUGUUGAGAAACGCCUAGGACUGCAGAACAGAGCGAACACAUCCAAAGUUGCAAAAGUCACUAUUGGCACGAGUGUCUUAGGAAUUACAAGCAGUAUUUUGCAGUUGUAUUCACUGGUAAGUGUUUACAAAUUCUACAACGAUGUUCAAGAGCCUGAUGUGUGGAUGUGGUGGACUUUUCAUACCUGUUCUCGCCUUGUAGAAAUUGCCAUGGCGUGCACACUCACAUACAGUGUAAGGAGACCUUCCGAAAAGAAUCGCCCCGUCAGCGUUAGCAGAAAAUUUACCGUGACAGAAACAGUGUGACGAGAGAGAACAGGAAUGAGAAGCAAGCCAGAACUCUAUGGAAAGCAAGCUUACUUCAGUGUAAUCCACAUUACGUGAUAUUUAUUUGGAAAGAUUUUACGUUAUCUAAGAGAUGCUCAAAGUGAGUUAAAAGUCGUGUCGAAAGUAAUCGAAGUACGCUAGUGCUUUUUCGAGAAGAAAUUAUUCCCACGGAUAUACCGGACCUUAAAAGGAGAGAGCGGAAAUAUAUUUAACCGCAUUCGCCCGGCAAAGCUGACAUUGGCCAAAGUGGUACCUUGUCGACUUCUCACGUACCUCAGUUUGUGUUUUUCUCAAACUAAGACACAUUUGUAAACUCUUUAAUAGCACGAACAACUAUAGAUAAUGUAAGUUGCCGGUAGCAAGUUAAUUCCUAAAUGGCAAAUAGCGACGGGUCGCGAAGUAAAAAAAUUAGGAAAAAAAGCAGUAAAUGCUUUACUGGGUACGUUCCCGUUAAAGAAAAAGAGUUCGUUAGUUUCCUACAAAUGCCAGGAUCUAUUCUGUUUUGUUCUAUUUGGUUUUAUUCUUUUUUAUUACUUUUAUCAUUUUAUUAUUUUCAACUGUUUAGGUCAGUUUUUGUUACGUUAUGUAACUCCUAUUGCAGUGUCACGUGGCAGGUGUCAGGAUGCCGCCAAACGAAUAUUUUUAAUGACUGUAUUUUUCCGGAAAUGAUCCAGUUUUCAUUCCUGCCCACACUUACGUUAGACAUGUAUAUAAAGACAGAAUUGGGUCAACAGCCAAUGAAAUGUUUGUUACAGACGAAGCCAUUGUUUUCAUUGACUCAAUACGCAACACAUCUGUAGCUACGAAUUUGACGUUUCAUUGGUUUGAUACUUAAGGUUUUUUUUCGAUAAGAGGAAAAAUGGCAGACGUGUCUCGCUUACAUAACCAAAAUUACAUAUGUAGACACGUGCAAUCGUUUCCACGAAAAUAGAGAUUUACUUAAUGUCGAAAUACUACGGCGAAUUUAAACUCAAGUAAGAGGGGUGCUUUGAGAUUUUUCUAAGAUUUUGUGAUUUGCAAACCUUUUGUCAACUCGGUCGGGAACGAAAAACUAUUAGUUCGGUUGGAAACGUAUGGGCGGGGGGGGGAGGGGGCAGAAGGGAAGGAAUGGGAUGUUGAAGAUAAAAACUGUGACGUUGCCGGUCCUUUAAUGAUGUUAUAAAAAU